AAAAUAUAUUUAAAUGUUGAAAAGAGAGAAAACGAAGAAGCUAAGUGCAUAAAGUAACGUAGGAAGAACUUGGGAGCAGUGAAGAGUGUGGAUGUCCCUCGUUUUUUGCACAAUAAUUUUCGAUCCGAUGUGGAUUUUUCUCAGGAUACAUACACCAAUAGAAGAUCGUUUCUGACUUCCUUUGCUUGAUACGUGGCUGUUUUUAAAAUACCAAACAUGACGGAGGACAUGUUAGGUGCGGACAUCUGUAGGGUCUGUCGAUCCGAAGGCCUCGCAGACAGACCUCUGUUUCAUCCCUGCAUAUGCACAGGCAGCAUUAAAUGGAUACAUCAGGAGUGUCUGGUGCAGUGGAUGCGCUAUUCGCGCAAGGAAUACUGCGAACUCUGUGGUUACCGUUUUUCAUUCACACCUAUAUAUAGUCCAGACAUGCCACGGCGUUUACCACUGAGAGAUGUCAUAGGCGGUUUAUUCUCAAGCAUUGUUACCGCCGUAAAAUAUUGGUUACAUUACACACUAGUGGCGAUCGCGUGGCUGGGAGUCGUCCCAUUAACUGCAUGUCGCACAUAUAGAGCUCUCUUCAGCGGGCCGCUUGAUUUAGUUCGGAUAAUGUCGUUACCGAUGGAUAUGCUUUCCACCGAAAGUAUAUCGUCGGAUGUGUUUCACGGUUGUUUCGUAGUUACUUGCACUUUGUUCGCGUUUAUCGGCCUGGUAUGGCUACGCGAGCAAAUUUUACACGCGGGCGGCCCCGACUGGCUUGAAAGAGAUAUACAACUGCCCCCAGUUGACAAUCCCCCACAAGCAAACGCACAACGACCACAACAACCUCAGGAACAACGUGCUAUGCCACAAGAAGUCCAGGACAACAAUAAUGUUCCUCCUUUCAUUGAUCCACCUAUUCCUCAAGAAGGGGAGUUACAUAAUGAAGAUCAACGUCCCAUAUAUCGAGAAAUGGCAGAAAACUUGGCCAAUAAUCCACGAAUUGGCGAACCCGAAGAUCUGGUGAGAGACGUACAAGCACCAGCUCCUCCCAUACCACCCCUUCCAAUCAGGGAUGAACUCGGUGUAGACGGUGGACAGGCGAAUGCUGCGGGUGGCGAGCGUUGGGCGAGGGGACAUGCGGUGCAGGCCCAUGUAGUGGGGCAGGCGCAGGGUGAAGCCGAGGAAGCCAACUGGAAUCCUAUGGAGUGGGACAGACCAGCUGAAGAAUUAACUUGGGAGCGUCUCUUAGGAUUGGAUGGAUCUCUUGUCUUUCUUGAACAUGUCUUCUGGGUUGUGUCUCUAAACACUUUAUUUAUCAUGGUAUUUGCUUUCUGCCCGUAUCAUAUCGGUCAAUUAACGAUAGCAGGAUUGGGUCUGCAAGAACAUGCAGCCGCAUCACAUUUUGAAGGCUUAGUGACCACGUUGUGCGGCUACUGCAUUAUCGGAGUUUGUCUGGUGAUCCUUCACACUCUCGCCGCACUAUUAGGCUUUCAACGUUCCCAGCGAAUUUUAGGACUUUGCUACGUUAUUGUCAAAGUCUCUUUACUCUCUGUCGUAGAGAUCGGCGUACUUCCAUUAGUUUGUGGUUGGUGGCUGGACAUUUGCUCAUUGGCAAUGUUUGAUGCUACACUCAGAGAUAGAGAAUCCUCGUUCAGACUCGCUCCUGGCACAUCCAUGUUUAUCCAUUGGUUAGUGGGAAUGGUUUACAUAUAUUAUUUCGCAUCGUUUAUUCUUCUCUUACGUGAAGUCCUGCGACCCGGAGUUCUCUGGUUUCUACGAAAUCUGAACGAUCCCGAUUUCUCUCCUAUACAAGAAAUGAUACAUCUUCCCAUAUUGCGACACGUACGCCGAUUAGUCGCGUCUGCAAUCAUAUUUGGCACGGCGAUUUUACUGAUGUUGUGGCUGCCCGUGAAGAUCCUGAGAUGGGCUUGGCCGGGAUUUUUACCCUACACUGUGACUGUACAAAGCGAAGCUCAGGUCAGCGAGCUUUCGUUGGAGCUACUUUUGUUGCAAGUGAUCCUUCCUGCAUUACUUGAGCAAUCGCACACGCGCACGUGGUUGAAAGCUCUAGUAAGAGCAUGGUGUCGCGUGGUAGCGUGGAUGCUGGAUCUACAAUCAUAUCUUCUACGAAAUCAGGCGGAUGAUCCAGGACCGGCGGUAAUUGAGGAACCGCAACAUCCGGAUUUGGGCGCUGCGCAUCAAGCGCUACUACAGAGGGAGGGGCCCACGGGAUUUCAACCUUAUGUCAGACCGCGAUGGUUCCCCGCGAGAUUGGUCGGGCUUCUAUUUUGCGUUUGCAUAUCCCUCGUGAUCGCCAGUCUAGUCGCUAUGACGCUGCCCGUGUGGUUGGGACGUAGAGUGAUGGCAUUGUGGAUGGUAGGCGCACCUGCUCCGUCGCCGCCUGUAUUGCCACCUACAUUAACUGGAUCUGAUGGUGGCGAGACUGUAGGUCCUUUAUCCGGAAGAGUACACGAAGUAUACACAAUAGCAUGCGGAACGUACGUAUGUUGGGCCGCAGCUCGAGGUUUAGCAUUGGCGUUCUCCUGGUUGCCUCGCGGCCGAAGAGCCAUUAUAGACCGGAUCAAGCACUGGGCGAUCUUGGCCGUGAAAGCUUCAGUAGCAUUCGUGCUGCUCGUUGGAGUCAUACCGCUCCUAUUCGGUCUUCUUCUUGAAUUAGUAGUGGUAGUUCCAUUACGUGUCCCGUUAGAGCAAAAUCCCAUUUUAUUCAUCUGGCAAGAUUGGGCUUUGGGCGUACUGUAUACGAAAAUAGCUACCGCCGUAACGAUGAUGGGACCGGAUUGGCGAAUACGUCUCGCUAUAGAGCGGGCGUACAACGAAGGAAUAAGGGAAAUGGAUUUGAAGUUUGUCAUCAAGGAAUUAGCAGCCCCCGUCAUAUGUUGUUUCGGCCUUGCUCUCGCGGUUCCUUAUGCCGUGGCCUAUGGAAUAGUUCCACUUCUUGUGACUAAUCUACAGACCCAAAUUCUUAUCGCCAGACGUCUAUAUCCUUUCCUUCUUUUAGUAAAUCUGGUCUGUGCAUUGAUUUGCUUUCAGAUACGUCAAUUUAAAAAGUUGUACGAGCAUAUUAAAAACGACAAAUAUCUGGUGGGGCAAAGGCUCGUGAAUUAUGAGCAUCGUAACAAAUCGCAGACUCAACAGCAUCAAUCACCAAAGUCGAGCUAACGGUGUCAAUAGGCAUAAUAUUGUUACGGGCGGAAACGGAUUAGGAUUAGC